AUGAAUUCGGACGGUGUGAACCAAAUUGUUGGCUCUUUGCAAGUCAUCUAUAACCCCCGAUCAUCAAAUGAUGAUCGUCAUAAAGCUGAGCAAUUUCUAGAGAAAAUCAAGCAAAUACCUGAAUCUCCAUUCUGGGGCUAUCAGUUGGCUCUUCCAGAUAAUAAAUACGACUAUGUUGUUAGGCACUACGGUCUUAAUCUUUUGCUCGACGCCAUUACAAAAGAUUACUUCACGUGGGACCUUGAAAAGAAACUUGCUGUUCGCCAUUGGGUUGUUGAACUUGCCAGCAAAGCAUCACCUCAGGAUCCCCACUAUAUGAAAGAGAAAGUCGCGUUUCUUUGGGUUGAAGUUGCCAAGAGAUGCUGGGGUCAGUGCCUAGUCAAAAUGGACACAUCAUCAAAACCUGUUGGAAAAAGUAAGGAUGAUGGUAUAUCUUCCAACCACACGGAUGGAAAGCUUGAGUCAGCAGAUACUGCCAAGCAGGCCAAGGACUACUCUGAGCAGGAAAAACAGGAAUCCUGGUCUUCCAUGGAUUCGAACUUGUUGGAAUUGUGGAACCACGGAAAUGUCACCAAGGAGCUCACGCUGAUAAUCUUCAGGACAUUGUUUGAGGAUGUGUAUCUUCUUGAUGACCCUAUUGUGUCACAAAGAAGUAACGUUCUCUCUUCCCUUUGCCCUGAAGUUGUUACUUCUGAGGAAGUUCUACUUAUGAAAUACGAGCCAAACGAGCCACUUAGAAUGUUUGCAGCCUCCCAGGAGGGUUGGCUCGUCCGCUGGUGUCAAUUAUUGGAUCAAUGCAUUGAUUUUCUUCUUGAAAACAGUGCGACACAAUCAAAUCCCGAUCUCCGUUCAAAAUGCAGCACGUACACAUCGUUUGCGACCAAGAUUCUAGAAGUGUUUAAAACAAGUCUUUACUGGAUUUUGCCUGUGGCGUUUAGGCAGGUUGGAAUUUUGGCAAAGCUUAGUUCACUUUUGAAAGUUGGUAACGUCAAGAUACAGACCCUUUCGAUCGAUUGUUUCCAGGUUCUUUUUACGAGAUCGUACUCAGAAGAGGAAGAUUUUAAUGAAAUAAUUGGCUCUAUAUUCAGCACGGAUGGCCUAGCGAUGUUGUUCAAACUCUACAAAUCGAUAAAUUUGAAUCCGGAUGAUAUAGAUGAAAUCAGGUACACCUUAUUGAAGAAGCUCGUUGAAAUGAUUGUUGGUCUAAGUGAAUACUUACAAGCAACCUCCGGCUCUCAGAGCUUUGCACUCCCGAAAAAUGUGGAUAUAGUUAAUUAUUACAAGUUGGUGCUUGAAACAACCAAGCAUGAAUCAUUGGUAGUUUCUGGUCUUUCUCUUCAGUUUUGGUGCUCUGUCUUGAGAAUCGACGAGCUAUCCGCAAAGCAUGAUUUUGAGCAAGUCAUGCCCGAAUUACUUGAAGUCAGUGCCAAUCACCUAAUUAAUUAUGCUGAUUAUGAUCCUGACUGCGUUGCAAACAAAUAUCUUGAAAUAGAUUUCGAGAAUCAGCCCGAGCACACCACUUUUUUGACUAAUUACCACAAGCUUAACGAUGACAUUGUGCGAAUAAUCGUCUGUAAGAAGCCAAAGGAAGGACUCCAAUGGUUGGCCAAUAGAUUGAAUCAGUUUUAUUCGUCAUCCUUGGGAGUAGAAUCUCUUAAUAAUAAUAGUUUGACCUACAAGGAUAAAGGAUCGGAGCCUUUUAUAUGGGGCUAUGCUCAGCUAGUUACAAUAGAGGCUUGUGUUCGUGGUAUUUCACGUUGGCUCAUCUGGUAUACCGGAUCUAAUUUCGAUGAUGAGAAGGCCUUUUUGAUCCAUGAGGUGGAUGAUCUCUGUAAAACACUUCUUACCAUUGAAAUCAAGGAUCCCGUUCUUCUCAGAAAGCAAAUUCAGACUCUCGUGCAAUUCACACCCCUUUUGAAGGAUGUCUCGGGUACUAUGUUCAAAGUUUUGGAAAAGGUUAUGACAUCCUGCACAUUUGAAUAUCCAGAUAACGCUGAUGAUGAUGAGAGAGAGUUGAUUAGAGACUUGCGCACAUCUGGAGGAACUGAGUUGAACAGACUAGCUUAUUUGAUGCCAGAAUCAUUGAAAAGCAUUUUGCCUCAACUUGAGGAGGCAAUUGCCGGUAUUCUACAAUCUGGAAAGUUGAGUCAGCAUGAGUCUGUGGCAUUUAAAUCGUUCCUGUUGGUUGUGUCUCAAAGAUCAUCUAUUGACAACAAGGCCGAACGAUUCAGUCGUAUAGUUGAUCCAGAACUUCUGGCAUGGUCUGAUCCAGCAACAGAAAAAGGAUUGCUGGAAUUACAUUGGUUCAUGGAAAGACUCGGAAUUGUGAAAAUUGCAAAGUAUUUCCAAUCGAGGGGAAUAACUGCAAACACGAAUUUACUUGAGGCACCGAUGGAUGAGCCUGGAAGACAGUUGAAGAAUGAAUUGAAAGAGCAGUGGUCAUCCAUAUUCCCUAUCAGAGCCACUCGUAUUUUUAUUCAAUAUUCAAUCGAGAAACUUGAUCACCGUUCAACCACAUACAAAGAUCUCUUGAAACUUUGGAAGCCUCGUGUGAAGCCAAUCUUACCUCAUAUUCUUCAGCUUAUAUACCAGAUUCAGGCAUACCACAAUCCAGCCAAUUGGGCCGAUCUUCCAAGCGAAGUUCAAAGCUUUGUGAAAUAUAGUUGUAUGGAGAGAUUCUGGCAGCAAGGAGUUUCUAUCCAGUCCAAGGAAUCGUUUAUGGAUGAAAGUGUGAAAGCUAUGCACACAUUGCGAGACUUUGCAGACAGUGUUGGCCACAUAGUAAGGUAUACCAGAGAAUACGCAUAUUUAACGAUCAGCUCAAUAUCAGAGUUAGAGGAAACUCUGUAUGAAAUUCCAAACUCUGCUUCUCUGCUUUGGAAAGCUCUUACUGGAGAAUCUGUGGGAAUAACUCUACAUUCCUGGAGGCAUAUGCUUAAUCUGGUCAUUAGGAAUGUGAUUAAGAACUGCCCUUUGAAUUACAUCGAUACGUUUAUGGCCGAGUUAAUUCCUCAGAUGUUGAAUACCAUAGAUAGUCUUUUAAUGAGUCGCUGGAAUAUUGUUUACAGGAAAGGUCUCCAGCUUGAAGGCAACGAGUCUGAUGCACAGCUCAGUGAGGAAAUGAUGGAAGAGCACAUGUUAAGACAAUUGACGGCCGUUGUUGACAGAAUGCUUAUUGACUUGGUUGGACAGCAAUCACCUUCAAACUUAAAAGAGAGACAAUUAAGGACGCGGAAGCUGAUAUUUGGCAAUUUGGUGUUACUUGCACCCUUGCUUACACUUCUUUGUCACAUCAUAGAGAUUAAAGACACGCGUUGUUCAUUUAAUGCGAUAUUAAUACUCAAGCACAUGCUUCCGGAUCUAAUUGCCUUGGAAGAUUCCGAAGUCGAUAAGUUCAUGAGUGAAAACCUUAUACACACUUUGCUAACAGUUUUAACCGACAAAUUUUUUGCGGAUGUGCAUCCGGAAGCUGCAUAUGCACUCACAAUUUUGUACAUGGGUUUGCGGUACAAAUCAUCGUAUCCGGCAGUUGUCUUGCAACAGAUAUUGAACUUGGAAACAAAGGAGUUACAACAGUUUGAAGCUCUUUUAGCUGAUUGCAAGAAAUUGAGGCAGAGAAGAAACUGCUUCUUAGAAUUAAUCUCGAACUCUCAAAAGAAGAUAAAUGGGGAGACGGGAGAUGAUGAGGAGGCUAAGAGAAGAGAAAGAAGGAAGAGGUUGGAUGCUUCGCGCAGAAGCAAACGUAAUACUAAUGGAGGAAGUCUAAUGGAUGAUCCAUUUUCUGAAAAUAACGCUUUAAGUACGUUAUUUGGGGACGAAUGA